AUAUUGAGAAGAUUUAUUCCUAAAAAGUUAACAUUAUGUCACAGAAACGGAUAUCUGAUGCAAAAUCAAAGCAAUCUAUCCUCAAUCGACGUUCAAACUUCACAACGUCUUUGAAAGAACUUGGUUUGGAUGACGAUGAAAAUCAUCCUGAGAAGGAUAGAACAUCCAUGCAAAACAAUUCAUCUCAUCAAAAAUUGAAAGAAAAGAAACUUCGGUUGCUAACAUCGACUAAAAUAGAGAAUCAUACGAAAAUAUUUGCCUCGAUGUGUCCUGACGAAAUUUUAGAUCACGUUGAUGACUAUCACACUAGAGAAUACUACACUACAUUAAUGUUAGGUGACGUCUCCGGAUUUACAGACCUCACGGAAAAAUAUACUAAAACUGGUCAAGGUGGUCCCUCUAAACUGACUGAAACCCUUAACAGCUAUAUUGGAGCAAUGGUUCAGGAAAUACUAUCCCACAAGGGAGAUGUUCUCAAAUUUUCAGGAGAUGCUUUCAUCGUAAUGUGGAAAGUACAAGAAGAUACUGUAAUGAGGGAUAUAGCUAUAGAAGCCAUGCAGACCGCGUGCAUCAUUCAAAAACAUUUUGGUAGCUUUGAUACAGACGUAGGUGUAGUUCUCAAAGUUAAACUAGCAAUAGCUUCUGGAAAAAUAUUCUUUACGUCAAUCGGAGAUCCGGAAACAAUGUCCUAUUAUAUGAUCACAGGCAACCCCGUUUGGGAAGUUAAAGCAGCUGAAGGAUUGUGUCGCGGCGGGGAUAUAAUUGUAGCACCAAGUAGCUGGCAAUGGGCUAAUCCAAAUGACUAUGUGCAUGAAUCAUUACCUGAUGGUAUUCAUACAUUGCUUCUGGCCUCAACAGUUAUGUGGGAACCGGAUACCGAAAGAUACGCUAAAAUGGAUGUUGAAUCAGAACAUGAUGUGAACACCUCAGAUGAACAAAAUAUAACACUAUUCAAUAGUUGCACUACUGAUAGAGUUCCUGAACCUGACGCAGCUGCGGUACUUAUGAAUUUAACGGGUGAUACUCUGGAGGACUAUCGGCGUUGGCAAGUGGAUUAUAGCUAUAAUACAAUUUCUACACAUCACGCCAUAGUAAGACCAAAAGUAAAUAAAGUGGCAAAGGCUCAUAUGAAGAACGCCUUACGGUGCUAUAUGUUGAGACCGAUAGUUCAUUCGGUUGAAAUGGAUGAACCCAUAGAGUACCUUACUGAGAUGCGUCAGAUCGUAAUUCUGUUUAUUAAUGUGAUAACGAACGUUAGCCAAAAAAAAUUAAUUCAUCUGGUGGAUACUGCAUACAAAAUCGUUUGCGGAGUUGUUGAUAGUAUGCAAGGUUGUGUCAAUAAGACAUCGCUCUUCGACAAAGAUUUAAUGUUCUUAUGUAUAUUUGGCCUACGUGGUGACAAACAUGAACUCGAAUCUCAAAUAGGAUUGCGUUGCGCUGCUAAACUUCAUGCGAUAUUAUCUGCGCGAAAAAAUAUCAAUUCUGUGGCAAUUGGAGUCACAACUGGUAUGACUUAUUGCGGAGUAGUUGGGCAUAUACUGCGAAGGGAAUAUACCGUCAUUGGUAUGGCUGUUAAUAAAGCAGCUAGACUUAUGUGUGCCUAUCCUAAUAAGGUUGUUUGCGAUCGGGAUAGUUUCCUCAGGUCUCGUUUGGAAGCGAGGCAUUUCAUUUUACAAGAACCUAAAUAUUUGAAAGGUAUAACGAACGUCGGACCAAUUUACGAAUUCUUAGAACAGACAGGACCAGGUAGACCAGAUACAGCAAUGAAUGAGUAUCCAAUCUUAGGAAGAGAAGAGGAGCUGAACAUUUUCAUACAGAUGUUAGUACGUGAGAAAAAUUCUCGGGAUAUGCGCAGAAGUCGGACUAGAACAGAAACCCCUCAGAACGUUCUAGUGAUAAGGGGUGAACCAAGAUCUGGAAAAACUAGAUUACUCGAUGAAAUGGUUCAGCAUAUACCAUCCAAAGUACCAUGCAAUCGCAUAUCCCUAAUUUAUAGUGAUUACAAGUCUCCUUACACACUGAUCCAUCUAAUGCUGUCCAUUCCCCUCGGUUUUACUGCAUCUUCAACACCUAAGGAACGUGAACACAAUAUAAUUACGCACAUGGGAAAGAUACAUUUCCCGCAUUUGCUCUGCUCACUUAAUGAAGUAUUCAACGUAAAUUUUGAUAUCAGUCAUAAGUAUAACAUCCUUCCCGAAAAUGAAAAAAAAGAAAUAAUGCAGAAGCUUCUCAGCAAACUAAUAGGUAAUGCAUUCAAAUGCCAAUGGGUCAUCAUAAUCGAUGAUGCUGAGUACAGUGAUCAGGAAUCAGCUGCUCUAUUGCCAACGAUAUUGAAAGAACAUAUGAUAUUCGUUGUUAUGGCAUUUGGACAGAAAAUUUCAUCCGAAUUUGCAAUACCUUAUGAGGUCUUAAAAAGAGCCGAGGUCAUCGAUUUAGUUGGUUUAGAUAAGUGGUACCACGCAGGACUUGCAUGCCAAAUUUUAGGAGUAAAGGCAAUCUCAGCAGAACUAGAGAAAGUCAUUCAAGAAAAGAGUUCCGGUAAUCCUGGAUGGAUAGUAAAUUAUUUGGUAUGCCUUGUACAGUCCGGAGACUUAGUGACGAAAAAAGUGAAUAAAAACCAAUUACGUCAUCUAGGACUGGUGUGUCCUCCUGAUGAUAUGAUACGAAGGCCAGCCUUAGAACAUAAAAGAAAGUAUGACAGCACCGCAGGGCAUAUUCGUACAGAUGGAUGGACCAUGUAUCAAUCCUCAUACCGGGACAGCGUGGGAAACCUCUUCGUUGAUAAAAAAGUAGGAGAUAUCUCAACUUCAGUAGAAGAUAUAGAGACCCUAUCGAACAUUACAAUUUGCGUAACUUCACCUACUUUUGUCAUCGAAGAUAAUGAGAUCGAAAUAAAAAUGGAUGUUGUUAUAUUAAAAAUGUUUGAUUCGUUGUCUUCGCUCGACCAGCUACUUCUAAAAUCAGCGGCAGUUCUUGGAGAAACAUUUGAUAGAAACAUGCUCGAAUGUCUGCUAGAAAGUACCAGCGAGAGAGAAAUCGGAUUAGCUGUUAAGAGACUGUUCGAAAUGAAAAUACUCGGCUGUGCCAUGGGGGAUUUUAAACGAAGUCCGGGCCCUGUGUUUUAUAUCAGAAAGUUUAGGGGCUUAAAUAAUGAUAUGGGAAUCCGCUGUGCUUGCACUGGGAUUGUUAUUUCAGAAGCAUGUGCCGACUUGCCCAAUUACGCUUCUUGUGGUUUGAUGCGUUUCAAGAUAUCAAUGUUCAGAGAUACUCUAUACAGAUUACUCACCGAGAAUCACAAAGUUGAAAUUCAUGACAAGGCUUUGAAGUAUCUGCAACAGAAGACAAGACGUUGCGUCGCAUGCGGCGGGGGUCACUUCGUCAAAUUGUUAGGUGUGAGAUAUGAUGAAGAUCCACGUGAGAAAAAAAGUAGAAAUGAAACUAUCUACUAUCUUCAACAACUUGCCGACUUUCCUGUUGAAAAGCAUGUAGAAAAUUUGGAUAUGACAACAAUGGCGUCUAAGAAUUUAUCUCGUACCGGUUGCCUCGGAUUUUGGAGACCUGCUAAUAAAAGCCCAACCCGGUCAUUUUCGAACGUCGAUUUUUCUGAGUGCCAAUGCAAUUUGAUUUUAGCGACUAUGUAUACACAAGUUGUGGAUCACUGUCAGAGUAUAGGUACAGCUUUUUUAAGUAACCACUACAUUUGUCAAUCCCUGAUUUUGAUAUACUUCUAUGUAUCGUUAGGGCGAAAAGAUAAAAUGUUGAUUGCAAUUUUGGAAUUUGUUGAGGUUUCUCUCUCUUCUUGCAAUAUUCCGCAGGCAAGAAAGUUGCUUCAUGAUGGGGAUGUCAUUUUAGAUCAAAUGAAAGGCUUGGAUGAUGACGAGGCAAUAACUCUGCCAUUUUUGAAAGGUAGAAUUCAAACUCUUCACGGAAGAUGCUGCCUGGUUUCUGGCCAGAUAAAGCAGGCCUUCGAUUAUUUGUAUAAAGCAAUAAGAAGCCUUGGAUACAAUUUUCCAACUUCAGUAUUGGCAAACAAAUUGAAAGCUAAGAUGUAUCUAGAAUAUCAAAAACUCAUGUUCAAUUGCCUGAGAAAUUGCACUGUAGGUACUGCUGAAGGAUAUGCAGCUGAUUUCAGCGAUCAACUAGCUAAUUGCUUGGCACAAUUAUUCGAACUAUUUAAGGUGAAUGGAAUGUGGUAUCAUUGUCAUUUAGCUGCAAUAUGGGGUCUAAAUGCAGCACUCGAAUCUGACCAAGAUUUUUUUGCACUUUGUACUGCAUAUGCACACAUGAUUGUUUCAGCACAUCGCUUUCAUAUCAAAAGUAUCAUACCCGCAUUGGAAAAUCAUGCAAUAAACGUUUGCUGCCGGAAGGAAGAUGCUGUUGAGUUGCAAGAGUUGAAAGCAGUAGCUGAAUUAUAUUAUGUGAUAUUUUGUUCACGUUGGAUGAGAGGAAAAGUGGAUAUGGCACUAAAACUUGGUCUUACAACCACAAAAAUAUGCAAUACCAUUCGAGCAAUGACAUUGAAACUCACUUUGCUUCCAACAUUAUGUCACAUACUACUUACUAAGUGUCAGUACAGUGAUGUGGCCACAUUGCUACAUGAAUUGGAAUCAAUAGCAAAUGACGAUGUGGACAGAUCAGGUAAAACUUGGUACUAUGCACUUUGUCUUGACUUUCAAUUGGAAUGUGGGCUCACUACUGUGGCAUUUCGUAAAUGCGAACAAUAUUAUCAGGAAGUAGGAAGUGCAAUAAUGUCACUUCGUGAUCCAGGGGCUGAAAAUCGAUAUUUUACUAAUAUGUGGCUAUGGUGCAUCAGAAAUGAUGAUUGGGAGGCAGCGACUGUUUGGGGCAGUAAAAUUCAAAAAAUAUCUGUCGAUCCUGACGAUCUCUCUGCUAUUCCUUGUUUCACAGCAUUGAGAAAGCUUGAGGGACUUCUCAUAAUGUACGUACAUAGGCUAGAUACUAAAAAUGCAAAAGCCAAUGCUAUGACGCAUACGGAAAUCCGUGUACUAAUGAAAGAGACACAUAAGGCAGUCAAAUCAAAGUGUAUUGCAUUACCGAGGUACCUCCUGUUAAAAGCUUAUUAUAACAUGAUUCGGAAUCGAACUCGUAAUGGAAUGAAGCUGUUGCAAAAAUCGAAAAAGAUCGGGUUGGCCCAGCAGAACAAAUCCAUUUUCCAGUGGAUCACACACUGUUCACAGGUAUGGACUAGUGCGAUGAAUGCGAUUCAACGUGACUUUUGGAAAGAGCACUGCACCCUUGAUAGUGCGUUAGAUUGGCAUGAAGUUGAUAUGAAUACUUGCAAACCUGUCCCAUACUCAUUGCCGCUACCAAGGUAUCCUCAUUAGGAUAAAUCCAAUUUUUAGUACUUCUCACUCAGAAACCGUAGACAUAACGGUACUCUUUCAAGGAACGAAGGUAUAUUAUUAUCGAGUUAUUAUGACAUAAGAUUGAAAUAUUUAAUGAAUUUAUUGUAUGAGUUCUUAAUUCUUAAA